AUGUUUGCUUUAUUUUCUGGUUUAAUCGGUACAGCAUUUUCUGUUUUAAUUAGAUUAGAAUUAGCAGCACCUGGUGUUCAAUAUAUAUCUGAUAAUCAAGUAUAUAAUAGUAUAAUAACAGCUCACGCUAUUUUAAUGAUUUUCUUUAUGGUUAUGCCUGCAUUAAUUGGAGGAUUUGGUAAUUUCUUAUUACCAUUAUUAGUGGGUGGUCCUGAUAUGGCAUUUCCUAGAUUAAAUAAUAUUACUAUUUUUGGUUUACACUUAAGUGGUAUAAGUAGUAUGUUAGGUUCUAUGAAUUUCAUUACAACUAUUUUAAAUAUGAGAAGUCCAGCUGUAUUAUUAUUAUUAUCAUUACCUGUAUUAGCUGGAGGUAUUACUAUGAUAUUAACUGAUAGAAACUUUAACACUUCAUUCUUUGAAGUAGCUGGUGGUGGAGAUCCUAUUUUAUUCCAACAUUUAUUCUGA